AUGUUCACCAACCCGUUCUGCUUUCUGGUCCAGGUUUGUGCACACAUGCCUACUAAACGCUUUCACAGCGAUAACCGCUUUUUGGUGCUGCUGCCGUGCCCACUGAUUAUCGCGAACGUUCUAUCUGAUGUCUGUUCAUUCCUAAUGAAUUUAUUAUUAUGCGGUGAUGUUGAAUCUAAUCCAGGCCCAACAUAUGAAGAAAUGUUGCUUCAGCUUAUUUCUAUUGAUGACUUGGAAAACAGAAGCCGGAGAAAUAACUUGCUUGUUUACGGUUUGGAGGAGAAGGACAAAGAGACACCUGUUAGUCUUCAGAAUAUGGUACAGAAAGAACUCUUUGAAGAAAAACUGAAAGUCGAAAUUAAUAGUGUGGAAAGGUGUCACAGACUGGGAAAAAAGAACGAAGGCUGCCCUGUAAUUAUGAAAUUUCAGGACUACAGAGAUAAAGUUACAGUCCUACAGGCAUGCUCAAAGCUGAAAGGAACCAAUUUUUCUGUGACUGAAGACUUUUCCAGCCGAAUUCGGGAGAUUAGAAAAAAGCUAUGGCAAAGCUUGUCAGAGGAGAAGGCUAACGGUGCUAAAGUCAAACUGGUAUUUGACAAACUAUUUGUUGAUGGUGCUAUGUUCGGGAGGAACGAGGAGAAGGAUGAGCGCUAUCGUAUUACUAAAAAGAAAGAAUGA